AUGCAGCUGCAACCGCCGACAAAGGAUGAAAUUGUACGCACGAUUUUUGUUAGUGGUAUAACUGAAGGCACAGGUGGUGACGAAGGCGUUGAACGCAUUCUGCGAUCGGCGGGUAACCUCAGGCGCUGGAUUCGGGCAACUGAUGCGGACAAUAAGCCUUGCAAGUUUGGUUUUGCAGAGUACGAGGACCCAGAAAGUCUUAAUACUGCUGUCGAGGUGCUAAGGGAUAUCGAAGUUCCUGUCAACAAACAGCGGCCGUCUGACGGUGAAAAGGACGAUGAAGAAGUUGAAAUGAGUAAACUAAUGGUUGUUGUCGACGAUAGCUCCCUUAAAUACCUUGAGCAGUAUGAGUCCAACAAUACCCAAGAACCGGAAGCAGUACAUUCACGUCUCGAAACCGCGAGAAAGAAUCUUGCGGCUGUUUUAGCAGAACUUACCAACCCUUCUGCUCAAGUCAAAGGAGAGGGAGUGGAUAAGGAUGGUGAUACGGCGAUGGGUGAUGGAGAAAAGCAGGCUGAUGGUACUUCUGCUGAAGUGAUUACCAUUCCGAUCACUGUGGAGGAUGAGCUUUCAGAUAUCCCUGCUGAGAUGAGAGAAACUGUUGCAAAGGAGAUUGCGGCAUUCCGUGAAAGGAGCAAUCGUCGGGAUCUCGAGCGACUGAAGCGAGAAGAGGAGAUCGAGUCUCUAGAGCGAGCUAGGAAUGCUGGUCAUUCGCGUUCGAACAGACUGUCGUCUCCAUCGCGUUCAACGUCUGGCCCUGCUGGCGGCGCUAAUGGGAUUCCACUUGGGCCCCGUGAUAGAAGUGUACCAAAUGCCCCAUCUGGACCAAAGGGAUAUGGACACCAAAUUCCAAAGGACUACCAAAAGGGUGUAUCGUUUGUCAACAAUGAAACGGAGAUUAUUCCGGAAGAGGACGAUACUGAUGCAAGCGAUUCUGAGGUAGAAAGAAGGCACCAGGAGAAGCGAAAUGCAGAACUGGAGAAGCAAGCUUUAGAUCAGGAAAGACGGUGGCUAAACCGCGAAAGAAGCAGAACAGCUGCUGUGGAGAGAGAAAAGAAUCGAGAGCGGGAAGAAGGACAGCGUGCGGAAGAAGAGAAGCGAGCUAUGGCAAAACGGUUACGGGAGUGGAAUGAUGAUACGGAAGCAAGCCGGAAGGUAGAAGAAUACUAUGCUGACCGUGGAGUGUGGAUUCGCAAGCGUGCUACAUUCCGGAAUCGGGAGGCUGCCAUGGACGAAGCCGACAGAGCGGCCGAGGAGCGAGAAAAGGCUAAAGAAGCCCAGCAACAAGAACAAGCUCGCGGUAUGGCAGAAGACUUCCUCGCCCGCCAAGCUCAAGAGAUGGAAUCUCGCAGCCAGCCGCGCAAGGAGCCUCAGCGAUUCAAGUUAUCUCUUGGAGCCGCUGCUCAGAAAGCUCAACGAAGGACCGUUGCUGAGGUUGAGGGCCUGCUUGAAGACGAAGAAGAUUCCUCUGCAACUGCCAGACGCCCCCUUACAGAUAUCAAAUUCGAUUCUAUUGCCGAAACCGCAGGGCUCACUGAUGAAGAACGUGCUCAGGCUGCCAGGCAACUCGCAGCCGAGAUCCCUUCAGAUAAAGAAGGUCUCUGGCAGUGGGAUGUUAAGUGGGAGUUUGUGGACGAGGCAGUCCUUAGCGACCAGCUCAAACCUUUCGUUGAGAAGAAGAUCAUGGAGUAUCUCGGUGUCCAGGAACAGAUGCUGGUUGAUGUUGUGGAGGAACAUAUCCGGAAGCGAGGUAACCCUCAGGAUCUCGUGGAGCAGCUUGAAGGGGCACUUGACGAAGAGGCAGAGGUUCUGGUGAAGAAGCUGUGGCGUAUGAUUGUGUUCUUCUCUGAGAGCGAAAAGAGAGGCCUCUCAAGCUAG